CGCCGCCCCCCCACGCGCCCCCCGGCCCCGCGCCCCGGCCGCCGGCCCUAUGGAUCGCAGUUCCAAGCGGAGGCCCGUGAAGCCCCUGGCCGCGUCCCUGCUGGAGGCGCUCGACUACGACAGCUCCGAUGACAGCGACUUUAAAGUGGGCGAUGCUUCAGAUUCUGAAGGGAGUGGGAAUGGAAGCGAAGAUCCUUCAAAGGACAGUGGAGAAGGGUCCUGUAGCGACUCGGAGGAAAAUGUCCUGGAGGAAGAGCUCGCCGAAGAAACCAAAGUCGAGGCGGAGACGCUGAAGAGCGCCGCGGGCGAGGACACGCUCGGGGCCGAGAAGGCCCCAGGGAAGGUGGAGAAGAAGGAGGAGGAGGGGGAAGACAAGCCCCGCAAGAGAAAGGAGAAGGAGAAAGCUUCCGGGCCCCCCGCGGCCCCUGAGGAGCAGGCCAGUGAGCCCAAGAAAUGGAACCUGCGCCGGAACCGGCCCCUCCUCGACUUUGUGUCCAUGGAGGAGCUGAACGACAUGGACGACUAUGACAGUGAAGACGACAAUGACUGGCGGCCGGCUGCCGCACGCAGGAAGGGCAAGGCCUCCUCGCACCGGGAGGGCAGCGACGGUGACAAUGAGGACGACGACGACGACGGCAGCUGCAGCGAUGAUGAUGAGAACGACGAGGACCACAGCAGCCCCGCCAGCGACGGGCCGGGGAAGAAAAGGAAGGGCCAGGCCCUCAGCAGGAACAGCGCCGACGAUGAGGAACUCACCAAUGAUAGCCUGACCCUUUCUCAGAGCAAGAGCAAUGAGGACUCGCUGAUUCUUGAGAAGAGUCAGAACUGGAGCGCCCAGAAAAUGGAUCACAUUCUGAUUUGCUGUGUCUGUCUUGGAGACAACAGUGAGGACGCCGACGAGAUCAUCCAAUGCGACAACUGUGGCAUCACCGUGCACGAAGGCUGCUACGGUGUGGAUGGAGAGAGUGACUCCAUCAUGAGCUCCGCUUCUGAAAACUCCACAGAGCCGUGGUUCUGCGAUGCCUGUAAGUGUGGGGUGUCGCCCAGCUGUGAGCUGUGUCCGAACCAGGACGGGAUCUUCAAGGAGACAGACGCCGGCAGGUGGGUCCACAUUGUCUGUGCCCUGUAUGUCCCAGGAGUGGCUUUUGGUGACAUUGACAAGCUGCGGCCUGUGACCCUUACAGAGAUGAAUUAUUCCAAGUAUGGGGCCAAGGAAUGCAGCUUCUGUGAAGAUCCUCGCUUUGCCAGAACUGGAGUGUGCAUCAGCUGUGAUGCAGGGAUGUGCCGGGCCUAUUUCCAUGUCACCUGUGCCCAAAAGGAGGGUCUGCUUUCUGAGGCCGCAGCCGAGGAGGACAUAGCCGACCCGUUUUUUGCUUAUUGCAAACAGCAUGCGGACAGGCUAGACAGAAAAUGGAAGAGGAAAAACUACUUGGCUCUGCAGUCCUACUGCAAGAUGUCUUUGCAAGAGAGGGAGAAGCAGCUAUCCCCAGAGGCCCAGGCACGAAUCAAUGCUCGGCUGCAGCAGUAUCGGGCAAAGGCGGAGCUGGCCCGUUCCACCAGGCCUCAGGCCUGGGUGCCCCGAGAAAAGCUGCCCCGGCCUCUGACCAGCAGCGCCUCGGCCAUCCGGAAGCUGAUGCGGAAGGCUGAGCUCAUGGGCAUCAGCACGGACAUCUUCCCCGUGGACACGUCGGACACCAGCUCCAGCGUGGACGGGCGGCGGAAGCACAAGCAGCCCGCCCUGACGGCAGACUUUGUGAAUUACUAUUUUGAGAGAAACAUGCGCAUGAUUCAGAUCCAGGAAAACAUGGCUGAGCAAAAGAACAUCAAGGAUAAGCUGGAAAACGAGCAGGAAAAGCUGCAUGUGGAGUAUAAUAAGCUGUGUGAAUCCUUAGAAGAGCUCCAGAACCUGAAUGGGAAGCUCAGAAAUGAAGGACAAGGGAUCUGGGCCUUGCUGGGCAGAAUCACAGGGCAGAAGUUGAACAUCCCGGCCAUUCUGCGAGCACCCAAGGAGAGGAAGCCCAGCAAAAAGGAAGGCGGUGCCCAGAAGACCUCCACCCUGCCGGCUGUCCUUUAUAGCUGUGGGAUUUGCAAGAAGAACCAUGACCAGCACCUGCUCCUCCUGUGUGAUACCUGUAAGCUGCAUUAUCACCUGGGCUGUUUGGACCCGCCCCUGACCAGGAUGCCAAGGAAGACCAAGAACAGCUACUGGCAGUGCUCAGAAUGUGACCAGGCAGGGAGCAGUGACUUGGAAGCUGAUAUUGCCAUGGAAACCUUGCCAGAUGGGACCAAACGAUCACGGAGGCAGAUUAAGGAACCAGUGAAAUUUGUUCCACAAGAUGUGCCACCGGAACCCAAGAAGAUGCCAAUCAGAAACACAAGAGCCAGAGGCCGCAAGAGAAGCUUCGUCCCUGAAGAAGAAAAGCCUGAGGAAAGAGUUCCUCGGGAGCGGCGGCAGCGGCAGUCUGUCCUCCAGAAGAAGCCCAAGGCCGAGGACCUGCGGACCGAGUGCUCCACCUGCAAGGGCACAGGCGACAACGAGAACCUCGUGAGAUUCCCUUCAUGAGACCCAUCUCUGCCACAGCUCGUCCUCGGAGGCAGUCCCGGAGCCCUCUUUUAUAAGUGCUUUUAAAAUGUGGAUAAAACUCUCGAUAGAGUACCUAAAGUAAAGGAGAACAGCUAUCUUGACUUAUCUUUCUAUAACUUAUCACGACCAAAAGUUGAGUUUGCUCGUCAGGUUUGCCUAGAAUGGAAUUGAUUGGUUUGUUACUCACACUGACGGGGCAGUCCAUUUGCCUGCUUUUUUUCCUUUGCUUUUUUCUUUUUCUUUUUUGUUUUGCACUAAUCAGAAAUGCUUGAUCUGUGCAUUGUUGGAAAAUACUGGAUAAAUGUCUUGUCCGAAUUGUCCUAUUAAGUCAUGUCUUUCUCCCCUGUGCUUCCGUGGCAAAUGAUGAUGUGCAGUGCUGGGACUCAGUGAAGAGGGCCAGAAUCUAUGGGACUUAAAUGCCGCGGGCUGCUCCUGAACAAAGAAAGCCAUGCUCUUCCUCUAGUCCGCUUGCCGUCUUAGGCCGCCUGAGCCGUCUGUUCCGAUUUCAGACGACCUCUUGUGGAAUGCCUAUAGAAGCCUGUGCUGGGAAAAGAUUGUUACUCGUAACGACGCUCGGGCAGUGCCAGGAAGGCUCGGCCUCUGGCAGCGCGGGGCCCUCUCGUUCGGAAGCCCUUAUCUUGUUCUGGAAGCCAGAGUCCUGUGCCUAUAUUAGCAUGAAUUACUCAGUGUUUACGCUUCUGAUUUAACCAUGUGAACCAAGUAUCUUCGUGUUGCUUUCUGGAUCUUUGUUGAGCAAUACUUGAAAUUUGCAGUCUUUGACGUCUUCUCUGAGAUCACUGGGUUCAGGCUGAAUUUGUUUUCCCCAGACGUACGUAGCGAAAGUGUGAGCUCACCAGAAGGGUGCCGAAUAGUCUGACUGUACUGUGUGCCCGCUCAGAUACCUUCAUCGACAUCUGUAUCUUCCCGGGGAGAUACAGGAAUUACAUUUCCAUCUGCAGAUUUUCUGAUCCAAAUUUAAAAUCAACAACAGAAAUGGUUUGAAUCUCCUAUUACUCCAGCCUGAACUGACUUGGAAGAGAUUUGUAAAUGACAACAUAAAUUUCUUGUGGAAACUCCUGAUUUAUAGUGAUGGUUUGGGUUGAAAAUAAAUUAAACACAGGGGGAAAAAAAAAAAAAAACAAUGGAAAUGUUAUAGGUGAUUGAGGGGAAAACGCAAAUAAAAAGAUACUGUAUUCUCUAUAUUAUACCUAUAUCAUAGUAUAAGACCAUAUGUUUGACUAAGAUGUUCAAUAAAAGUAACAUGGUGUGUGUAAAAUGGUGUAUAAAUUGAGAUAAUUAAAUUAUCAAAAGAUAUUUUACAGCAUAUCAGGGAAAGAUUAAUAUUCUGUAGCAAAGCACUAAAUAGUUCUGUUAUAUUGCAUUAGAAAUCAAACUCCAGGUUGUUGUCAUAAUGUAGGAAUAAGAAAAAUGAUAGUUUCUAGAAUCUCACCAACUUGAGAAAAAAUGACAACCGUUUCACUAAUGGAAAAAUGCUAAUAUGCCAGCAGUGCUCGGCCUUCUCUAAUGCCUGAUUAGAAAUUACUUAUGGUCACUUUUUUUCUUUCUCGAAAUCAUUAUGCCGAGUGACUUUUUGUGGCUCUCUUAAUCAAAAUUGUUACCAUGCUUCCACGAGAGCACCUUGUAAUCCUGAAGACCGAGAGGCGAUCAUCUUUUUGUGGGCAGAUUUAAGUGUCUUUUGUCUCACAGCAUAAAAUAUCAACUCCAUAAUUCAUGAGCUAGAUUUUUUGCAAAGGUGAGCUUGGAAGAGGGAGUACCGUGGAGGGAGUGAGAUAAAACACUUCCUGUCCUUCCUAAUGGCCUCUCCUAAAAACUCUCCAAUUUUCCACACUAUAAAAUUGACCUUGUCCAUAAUUGGCCCGGCUGCUAUUCCGAGGUGAUAUUAAUUUGUGCUUAAACAAUCUGUACCGCAAGCACUUCAGAGCUCCCAGGUCUUGAUGUGUAGUGAUAUGUGUAUAAUAUCACACCCAAGAGGGAAAGGGGAAAACUGAAGAUGAGCUUGGUCAUUUUAAGACAGGAAAGAGAAACCGACAGCAUCUGAACAGCUCAUUUUGUGCCGCCCCACAUGGGGCAGCAGAUGAGCUCUGUUGGUCAUCAUUCCUGCUCUCUCCUCCAGGCCAGUUACAACCUUUCUGUGAUUUGGGAGCUGACAGGUUCCGUGCAGCCCCCAGAAUUCUCCUGCAGUUUCUGGGAAUGAGUCUCCCAUUCCCUCUGUAACUCUGCUAGUCACUUUAACAGCUUUGGAGACAGGGCCUUCAAGGACCCAGGUGUUCUUCAUGCCCUUAGGAGGGAAAUGAGCACGCACUAGCUAGUGUCCAUAGAUGGGUGAUUUGAAUGGAAGUGUAGGGAUGGAUGGAUAGGCCCAUGAGGAUGGUUUUAUUAAUCUCUUUAAAAGGAGGCAUCAAAAAUUCCGGUGUAUUUCUAGAAGGAAGAAUUUUUUCACAUUCACAAACAUGAAAUUCACCCCUGUUCUGUAAAACUGGAACUCCCCCUUCAAAGCAGACCCUUGACAGCUCCUUUUCCCGAAGGUUUGCUAGCGACUGUUCAUCAUCAUGCCUUUGUAGUUUAGAAUGCCUCAGAUAACGAAGCCGGCUACUUCAUCGAUGACUUAUUUUGUGCCCUAUGUUUGAAUGCGUUUCUUAUUAUAGUCAUAACAUUUGCCAAGUGUCCAUUUGCAUCGGGUCACCCCACCAACAUCACACUUCUCAAUCUCCUUUCCCAGCAUGAUGUGCUGAAUAGCUAUUGUUCUGAUUGAAUAAAAAACAGUUACUGGUU